CGCUUCCCUCACUUGGCAGCUCGAAGCCGCAGUGCGACUUGGACCAUCGGCCUAGCAACAUGGACGCAGCCACCUUUCCCGAAGACGUCGUGCAGGUGCUCAGGGAGGAGGGGCUGCUCAACCCCCGCGACCCUGAGACCCCGGUCGUCCGAUUCGCUUACCCUGCCCAGCUGCAGGAGGAAAUCGACUUCUCGCUGGGCCAAAAUGGCUGCACGGACGAGGAGCUGUUGUCCUUGGUGCGGCACACGAUCCGGCGCAGCGUGGACACCGGCCAUCCGCACUUCUACAACCAACUCUACGGCGGAACCGAUCCCUACGGCCUGGCGGGCGCCUGGGUGAGCGAGGCGUGCAACACCAACCAGUACACGUUCGAGGUGGCUCCGACCUUUUCCCUGGCCGAGCAUGCUGUUUUGCAGAGAGCCCUCGAGCUGUUCGGCUUCCCCAACGGAGACGGGAUUUUCGCUCCUGGCGGGAGCAUGUCCAACAUGUACGGUCUUGUGCUGGCUCGCUACAGGAUGUUCCCUGACGUCAAAUUGGACGGUCUGGCCGGACUGCCUCCUUUGGUCGUUUUCACCUCGGAAGACGCGCAUUACUCGACCCUGAAGGGCGCGCACUGGCUGGGCAUCGGCACGCGCAACGUGGUGAAGGUGAAGACUGACGCGGCCGGCUGCAUGGACCCCAAGCACCUGGAGCAGUGCAUCAUCAAAGCGACCCGCGAGAAGAAGAAGCCAUUCGCCGUGGUGGCGACCGCAGGCACCACCGUGCUCGGAUCCUUUGACCCGCUCAACCCGCUCGCUGACAUCUGCCAGAAACACGGACUCUGGCUCCACGUCGACGCUUGCUGGGGCGGCAGUCUCAUUCUGUCCAGGAAGCAUGCGUCUGUCCUUGAGGGAAUUGACCGGGUGGACAGUGUCUCCUGGAAUCCGCACAAAAUGGUCGGCGCGCCGCUGCAGUGCUCCAUGUUCCUCGUCAAACAUGAAGGUCUUCUCCACCGUUCCAACUCGGCGUCAGCGACGUACCUGUUCCAGCAGGACAAGUUCUACGACGUGACCUACGACUCGGGCGACAAAAGCGUGCAGUGCGGUCGCAAGGUGGACGCCUACAAGCUGUGGCUGAUGUGGCGCAAGCGUGGCGACGAGGGUCUUUCGCGUCUCGUGGACAACGCCGUCGACUGCGCGCAGUACUUUGCCAAAAUCAUUUCGGAGCGGCCCGGCUUUGAACUGGUGCUGCCCGAGUUCCAGUGCACCAACAUCUGCUUCUGGUUCAUUCCGUCCAGCAUGCGCGACCAGACCAGAGACGAGGCCUGGUGGGAUAAGUUGGCCAAGGUGGCUCCUUUGAUGAAGGAGAGGAUGGUGCUUCAGGGUGCGGUGAUGUUGGGCUACCAGCCGAUGGCGCACCGGGGCAUGGUCAACUUUUUCCGCAUGGUGACCACCUGCCAGCCGCCGCCGACGCGCGCCCAAAUGGACUUUGUCAUCGAGGAAAUCGAGCGCCUCGGCGACGAUCUUUGAAUUUCGUUAUCCCCAAAUUUUAGAACUUAGAGAGCAUUUAUGUAUUUAAGAGAAACAUAUUAUAUAUAUUACUAAUAAAAUCUAUUUAAAAGUACAA